CAUACUUGAACAAGAGACACAGGUUCUGGAACGUGGACUUUGAUUCUGAACGCUGAAGACCGAAACUAAUUAACUCGGAAGGUGCGAUGACAUGGAACAUUGCCACACAGAACAUCGGAAAUAUACCCUAAACAACCCAUGAAUCCGACGGUGGCAUUGAUGAAUGUAUUUCUUAUCAUCUUCAUUGCUUCAUGUAUGUUAAGAAGGGUAAAUUGCCUCAAAUGCUAUGAAUGCAAAGGUCCAGAUGAUGGUCGACCGUACCCACAAGAAAUGUGCGAAAGAGAGUCAACCAUUAUCACUUGCUUAAAUCAUUCACUUUGCGGCAGAUACCUCCACAGGAUUAAAUCUGGGGCUUUGGUGAACGAAGUCGAGGCAAGAUCAUGUGUAGUAGAUUGUAAAAGUAUCGAGAAUUCAUGCCGGGCCAUAAUCCUUGCGGGUGGCAACUGCACUCAUUCAUGCUGUGACAAAGACUUGUGUAACGGUGGAAAAAGUGCAGCUGUGAAAGGAUCGCAAGGGUCUUUACUCGUGACAGCAAUGGCUCCUGCCAUAGUAUACUUAUCUACGUUGAAAGAAGAGGGCUAACAUUUUUCGAGUAUUUCUUUUUCAACAUAGCUCUAUAAUGUCUAAUUUUAAGCUACACGUUGUACUUUCCUCUCAGCGAUAAUUUUUUUCAAGGAUACACAAGGACAAUAAUCUCAAAGGCAAAGAGAAUUAACAGCAUUUUACUCGAUUGACAUUCGCAGUGUCGAUAAACGACAAAACUAACUAAACGCGUUAAUUAAAAUGCGCAUAAUUCCAGAGACGCUUGAUCAACCGUGUACAUCAUAGUUAUGAAAUGUUUCAUAUGUAUAAAUAGGAAACGUUGUGCUAUGAAAUCUGCAGAUCAGCUUGUGAGUUGAGUCUAUAUGUAUUUAAAACAACUUUCAUGAUUAUCUGGCUUUGGAGUUUAGGGAGUAGUAUUAAUGCACUCACUAUGUGUCAAUUUUCGACGAAUCACGGAUAACUAGUAUUUUUUCCUUUCCAAGGCGUCACGCGAAAAGAACAAGGCCUUUAUGACAAAAUAGAAGACAAGAGUAUUGCAACUGCGACUUAAAACUACCGCAAAAAACUAGCUUUUAAACUACAAACGUUCUUAAAAAUUCACAACCAAGCCCCAACAACACAGUCACAGAUCAGCACUCAUAUCAAGCGUUAAGGUUAUAUACCUAAUAUUUAUUUUUCUCCAGUCGUCGAUAACCAGUAGCAAGAGAAAAUAAUGGGACCACAUUAUCUUCUCUUUCUAGUAAGCAUCUUGAGCAUCAAGCAACAAUCUCAAUAUGAAAGGGGCAUAUAUAAAAGUUAUGAAGGAUUUUUAUUUUUCAUCUUUUGCUACCCUUUAUGUACGGGAAGUAAAGACGCUUAGGAAACUUUCUCAACUAUAAGUAAACCUGUCAUUUAUUGAAUGUUUGAUUAAGUUGAUGCAACCUGACAGGACAUCAGUGUGAAUAACAGUAUAUUCACUGUUGAAGUGAGUCUCAGUGAGUUCUUUGUGCACAAAUAUGGAGGGGAUAAUGAGAUAAAAUUCAACUCAAAGAUUGAGAUUUUUUUACUAGUAACUCUAUUCUUGUUUGUUUCAAGUCAAAGUGUUCUCAAUAAUACAUUUAGGGUGUGUACACUUCAAUUCUUCUUAUCACUGAGACCACAUUCAUCGACACAAAUGUUUCAUAAUUCUUACCUUUAACACAUAAAAUAGAGUUUCAGUGUUAUAACCAUUGAAAAUAGUCCCUCGUUUUGUCCAAAAUGCAACAAAAUGUUUUUUUCUUACUUAUAAAACGUUCUCUUGGAAAUCUUUUCACGACGGAUACAUCAUACACACAAAUAAUUCCAAUGAUGUAGUUACUUUCUUUAAGUGGCUGUAAAAAUUUAACUAAUUAUAACCAUUACAAUCUCCCCAGAUGA